AAUAUUAAAGACGCCAUUUUGUGUUUUUGAUGUAAUGUUUGAUAAAAAAAUUUGACAAAUCCGCUUUAGUUUUCGCGUCGUUUAAGUUCUCUAUACCAAUUGUUAAUUGUAAAUAAAUUUUUUUUUAAUUAUUUAAUUUCUUUUUUGUCACGUGCACCCAUUUGAACGGACCUAAAUAAAAGGUACGUUCUAAGGGCGAGUGUAUAAUCUAAAUGGUGCCUUGCAGACAGUAUGUCUACAUUGUCAGGGGUCAGUUUGAAGGGGGAGAAAAGCAAAGGAAAGAUAGCAUUCCAAUCUCUAAAAAUAAAUAGUUUGUAUAAGGGAGAAUCAACUGAAGUAAAUCAGCAUAAAAGUAUUGUAACUCGUAAAAAUGGAUUGCAGCCACUUGGAAAAGUUAUUCGAAAUGUACGUAAUCCUGUUAAUUUGCCAAGUGAAAAGUCGGAAUCUAACCAUGAGUCUUCAAUUAAUCUAGUCCCUAUUGGUGGUGCAGGAUGGGGAAACAAACAAACAGAGAAACCACUUGUGGUUGCGGGCAAAGAAGUUCCGCCGACAUCAACUCCUACAACUCUGCAAUCAUCCCAAAGUGGGCUUGUAACGGGGCAACAACAUGUAUUGUCCCAUACUACUUCCGUAACCUUAACAACAACACGACCAUCUCAUUCCGAUGGAAAAACAUGGGCCAACAAAAUAACAGAUGUUCCAGCUGCUCCCACUUAUUUAGCACAUCGAACUGUGCAAUUUCAACAAGAAUUCCCAAGUUUAACUUCAAGUGGAGAAAACAAAAAUCAAACAAAUAUAAAUACACCAUCAGCCAGCACAGAACAGAGGCCUUUGCUACGUCCUCAAACCGAAACGAGUUGGAUGCAAGGUGGCAGUCGGCCUCAAAUGCCUCAAGGCAUAAAUAUAAUUUCUGGUUCAUUAAAUCAAGCUCAAUCUUCUUCCGGAUCAGAAAUUGUGAAUGGCGUACGGAGCAGUUCGGGCCAAAAUGGGGCGGGCGGGGUCCAGGUCGGCCUAAAUCCAUAUAUUAUGCAGUACAGCAAAAAUCCAGUUAUGAGAAAUAUGUUGCCCACCUUUAUGGUUUCUAAUCAGUCUGAAAAUAUGGUACAACCUCAACCUAAACAAAAUUCUUAUCUCUCUGAAAAAGUUACACAACAUGUCUCUCCUUCUCUAAGUGGAAAUGAUAAUUCAUUGAGUAAAUCAACAACAGAUAUUAAGGAACUUGUACCUCCUCCAAUUAUACGUGAUGAAGAUUUAAAGAGAAUGAAUGAACUUUCCAAAGAAGCAGGAUGGUCUAUUCAUGGAGAAAUUGAUUACAAUAAAAAAUUAGACUUCAGUGAUGAUGAAGAUCAAUACAAUGAAAAACUAAAUAAACUGUCUUUGAAUGGUGAUGUAAAAAAUAAAUCUGAUAAUUCUUCAUUUUAUGGAUCAUCAAAUAAGCAUCCAGAGUCAAAUUUAAAUGUAAAAGAAAAUAUUUUUGGAUCAAUGCAUAUUAAUGGUAUACCAUAUAAUUCAGAAUAUAUGAAUUAUUAUAGACCUCCAUCACGUCAGGAAGAGAGACAAAUAGAUGAUGAAUUUGAAGAAGAAACUGUUGGUAGAACUACUCGAGCUGAAGAACUAACAACAGUUUUACAACGUGCUAAAGAUAGAAAAUUAGAAGAGAUGAAACGCUUUGAGGAAUCAAAACUGAAAAAAUAUGAUGAAAACCAUGAUAAUAAAGAAAAAGAAUUGAAGGAUGAAAUGUCCAAAGUUCGAUCUGAUUCGUCUAAAGUCAAGAAUGAUGAUGACAAAGAAAUCAAUAGUAAAUAUUCAUCAUCCAGACUGCAAAAGCAAUUUGAACAUAGUUCUGAUGUUAGUAAUAAAAUUCAAACUAUUCCGUCAACGAUAAGAUCACUAUGUCGUGCUGAUAGUGACAUGAGCAGUAGUGGAUAUUCUGAAUAUAGAAGUGACUCAUGGAUCGAUGAUGAUCAUUCUAACAAAUCUUCAAGUUUGAAACGAGACAAAAGACCAGAAUAUGAUAGAUUUAGAAAAGAAAAAUCUCGUUUGGAUAAAGAUAAGUCUGACAGAUAUGCUCACAAUGAUUACUCUAGAGUUGAUGAUAAUAGAAAAGGAUAUGAUCAUAAACGUGAUUUUAAAAGAACUGAAAAUAUGAAUGUAAGUUCUAAAAAUGAAGAUAUGUAUGAUAUUGAUAGAAAUAAUAAAAAGGAGUCCUUUUCUAAAGUACAAAAAUAUCAUUCAAGAGAUUCUAUGGAAACUCCUGAAGAAAUUGAAAAAGAAAAUUUAAAUGUUGAUGAUGACUCUUAUUCAUGGUCUCAAAAAUCUUUGGGAAAAGAAUACUAUAAAGAUGACAUUAACUCAACGGGAUACAACAAAAUGCAUAUUCCUGGUCCUAUCACUCAAGAAAAAUUUGAAGCGUGUGAGCUAACUAGUGAACCAAAAAGAAAUCUUACACAAUUAGUAAAAAGUGAAAGAAAAGAUGGUAAAAAAAAUGAUCAGGCUGAGGAAACAAAUAUUAAAUCCAAAAUUGGUGUGUGGGAUCUUGCUCCUACAAAUAAAAGUAAAAUAGUACAUGAUCAAAAAUUUGAACAUGAUAGUAAAAGUAGUAAAAAUAAUUUAAAACAUGAAGAUGAAACCAAAACAACAGAACCAAAAUCAUCUUUAGAAAACAGUUCUGGUCUUUUCUUCGCAUUAUCUCAUCAUAAGGGAAUGAGAUCUGAUCGCAACAUUGGUGGGUCACGUUCAUUUCAUCAGAAUAUCAAUUCUCGAACAGUUUCCAGGUCUGGAUCAAACAGAAAAAGCACAUGGGCUGAGUCAUAUGAUGAUAAUCAACGACCUAGAGGUCCAUCACGACGUGAUGAUCGAAAUCGGGGUGAAGAUAGAAUUAGAACUGAUGACAGGAAUAGAGGUGAUGAGCGUAAUCGAAAUGAUGAUAGAAAUCGUGGUAAUAAUCGUCAGCAAAAUGAUCGAUACUCUGAAAAAUCUGCACUCCGAGGAUAUGGCCAGCGAAAUGAUCAAAGGGGAAGAGGCCGCCUGAGUAAUACUGAUUCACGUACAAUUAAUGGGCGGAAUAGUCAAAAGAAUUCUGAUGAAACUAAUGAUAAAAUUAAUAAAUCUAAUCAAAAUAUCAGUUCAAAUAGAAGCAAAACAUCAUCUAAACCUCAAUCUAAAUUGGAUUUGUAUGGAGAUUCAAGUCGUAGAUCUAACGAAAGUCGAUAUAAUUCAAAACAAUCAAGUAGAUCUUUCAAUAGUCAAAAACAAGAAGAUAUUUGGGAAUCAGUCAGUGAACCUAGUGACUAUGAAAAUCAGCAAAAAAACAAUAGUAAUCGUCGACAAAAUAGUCGUACAUAUUUGGCAUCAUCUACUAGAGGUGAAAAAAGAAGUAGUUAUGAUAAAAAAGAUCCUUCUAAAGACUCAAGUAAUAAUGAAAAAUUAUGUCAAAAAUCAAGUUUAUCUACAAAUGAUUUAAAAAGCUUUGGAGAUAAUCGUACCAAUAAAAAAGAUGAAUCUAGAAAGUCGUCAUCUGAAGUACUCAAAAAUCGUGUAUCAAAUCAAAAUAAUCGCAAAGAUCAAUCUAAAUCAUCAUCAUCUAGACCUAAUCAAAGUAGUAAUAAUACUAAGGCAGGUCAGACUAAUCAGAGAUAUGAACGACAAAAGAGUCAAUCUCAGUUUGUUGUUGAUGAUUCUAAUACUUCUAUUAUUAAAGAUGCUGUAAUUAUGGUAAAUAAUAAUCCACCACCUCCUCCACAAACAAAUGCAUGGGAUAAACCAAUUACACAUGCAUUAAGAGCACAGUCACCUAAUGUUAACAAGACAGUAAACCAAUCUAAUAAUAGAGCUAAUAGUUUGACUGAUAUACAAGAAAAUCCUAGCCAAAAUAUUCAAAGGCUGGUUUUAAAUAAAGACAAAAUAUCACCAAAUGUAAUGGAAAAUGGUAUAAUUGACACUACACAGCGAAUGGAAACAAUUAUUUUUGAAAAUACAACCUAUAAAUCAAAACCUUGUGGGGAAUCUAAAAACAAGUAUAGUUCAAAUAUAAAACGAGAAAAAGAAUCGUGUAAUUUUAAUGAAGAACAAGAUACUUGCUUUCGAGCAUUCAAAACAUCUAAUUGUGAUAGCAAAGAUGCUAAGAUAAAUGAAGCUGUACAAAUGUCCAUGACCUUCAAAAAUGAUGAAAGUUCUGAUCUUAAUCUUGGAUUUGGUGAUUUUGAGUCUGACUUUUCUCGUAGUGGUGGACACUUAUCAACAGAAAAUAAAGACAGUGUUAUGUCUAUGACAUCACAUUCCAGAUCUAUGCAUACUGGACCAUCAUCUUUAGCUGCUAGCGAUUUAAAAACUAUGAUAGCUGGUACUAAAAAGGUUUGGGAUGAUAAACCAGAAUCAAAUCAACAAAACAGUGCUGAAAGUGCUUUUAACACAGUUUAUAGUACAGCAAAUACUGGCCAACAUGAUAAAUCAGACAUGUCUGUUAUUGAUGAACAAAGAGUUCAUAAUCAGCAAGUGUACAGGUAUGUACUUUGUCCAGCACCUCAGUUACAAAAUGUUUCGGGUUCAUUUAUUCCUGUUUCUAUGGCUGCUGCCUCAGGUCAACUUAAACAAGAUCCGAAUUCUGCUACCACAAACGUAUGCAAGGUUAAACCUCAACCGCAGGGUACAAUAUCACCCCCAUUAAAUCAACAGCAGUCAUCAGCUAGUACUCAUGCAUUUAGUUCUUCCACUACGCCUCAACCACAUACAUCAACUACACCUUUGGCAAAUACAAUUCCAACUCAAGCAGCUCACAUGAAUUUACAAAUUAUGAUGGAAAACAAUGAUGGGCUCCCUGAUAUUUAUAGUACUCAUAUGAUGAAACAGCAACAAACACAUUUAAUAUUAAAUACAAAUAAUAAAGCUGGAGUUGAAAUGUUAGCAAAACAGUUUGUAUCAGCUGCUCCUGGACCAUCUCCAUCAUCAGCAAUGAUAUUUAAUUCAACUCAACAGCAUCUUAUCCCACCACCAUCACCAUCAGCCCCUCAAGUUUACCAAACUAUGUUAGAACCUACCCAAACUGUCAUUAAUAAUGCAACACGUUCUCAGUUUAAUCAAUUUACAUAUGGUCUCCAGUCAAAUGGUUUAAAUCAAAAUUCUCAGUUUAACCCAUCUAUGUUCAUUCAUACAAAUACACCUGGUGGUCAAGGCGGAUCUGAAGUUUUUCAAUCUUCAAUUUCUCCAUUUAGACUUGGACCUCCUUAUAAUAAUGGACAGCAAAUCAAUACUAAUAUAAAUCCAGUAUUAAUACCAAGCAGUACUAAUUCAUCUACAUCUCAAGUUAAACCAACUUCACAGCAGAUAGGUGCAAUUGGAAAUAAAACAACUUAUAAUGCUUCAACGCCCUCAUCUUACAUGGUGCAAUAUGAUCCAAAUACAAUGUUCAAUCAACCAUAUAAUUCUAUGAACAGUGCUAGAGCUACUCCAUUACAGUCUUCUUCAUCUUUAUACUCAACUAAUUCAGCUACGGGACCAACAAAUGCAGGAUUUAUUCCUAAUGUUGCCUCAGCAUUCCAAGCUCAAGUAGUAGCUGGUGCAUCUGCAAAUUCAUUUGGAAUUCCAAAUGCAUUUGGUUCUCCCCAAAAUGCAGCACCUAAUAUGCAAAAUUACACUUCACAGUAUCGACAAGUUCCUUAUUUGAAAGGAAAUUUAAGUAGUGGAAGUGGAAAUAAUGAUCUACAAAAGUCAGGUGUAUCCAAUCAACAAGAUAUUGGAAAUGCAAUGUUUUCUUCAAACAUAUUUAGACAACAAUUUUUCGAUACAAACAAACCGUUAAUGAACUCAAAUCAACAAACUCAUCAAUCUAUGCAAGGAAAAUAUAAUAACUAUCAAGUUUCAACAUCUCAAAAUAGUCAAUUGCCUUUAAUGCAACAGCCUCGAAUGAAUUUAAAUAACAGCAAUAAUGGAUCAAUUGCUGCAAAUAUUGCUCCACAGUAUCCAUCACCUAUUCAAAGGCCAGUAUCAACAUUCCCCCAUUUACAGAGAAUGCCACCCCCUCAAAAUAUGAGAAUUCAACCUAAUGUACCUAUUCAACACUUUAUGAACAAAAGUCAAUCUUCAAAUAAUUAUUAUGUUUCGAACACAGGUUUAAUAGUUGAACCACAACUACCUAUAGCAAGCAAAAUUGAUAAUGCUAAUAGUAAUGUUGAUUCAAAAGCUGAAGAAAAGAUAGAUAAUAUUUCCAAGCCAAAAAAUACUGAGUGUAAAGAUGACAAACAAUUGGUGGCCAAUGAAUAAAUCAAUUUAUACUUCAUAAAAUGUGUGUAGACUACAUAUAAGUUUUGUAAACUUAUUACUGCUACCUAAGUCGCUAUAUUAUAGUAGUUGUUAUCUUUAGGAAACAAUUAUAUAUUAAAAUGUCUAUCGUAAAUAUUAUUUAUGUCAUGGAUCUAUCCCAAACAGUGAUUUGAGAAUUCUUGUAUGCUAUUUAUUCGUAUUAAGCAUGUUUUUCUGUGUCAAUUUUUUUAUCAUUAUUAUUAUUUAAAUAUAUGGAUAAUUAAUAACUAAAUAAAAUUUAUUGAAAGUUGUACUGAUUAAAAUUAUGUAGGUAUUUAAAGUAUAUUUGGGAUUUAUAAUUAAACUGUACAAUUAAUUUGUAUACGUAUGUCAAAAGAUCAUUUAAUUUGAAUCACUUGUCUAAAAAAAUGAUAUAAGGUUAUUUAUUAGAUUCCAUUUAAUAUGGUCAAGAACAAAAUAAUUAAUUUUAUUUUUCUUUGUAAUAAUUGAAAAUAGUAAUUGUGCAGAGUUAAUGAUUGUGUAUGCUUGUUAUUAUUAUUAGAAUGUUAACAAUUUAAUAUUAAAUUUUAUAUUUAUUCAUUUUAUUCAAUUUAAAUUUUAGAGAUUUUUUUUAUAAUUUUCAUUUAUAACUAUUAACUUUAAGCGUCUUUGUUUGUUUACUUUAUUCUUAUUUUUCCUUAAUGAUUAGGCCUAAGAAAACAUGUUUUGUAAAAAAAAAAAAUGUGUCUAAUUUAAAAACAAAAUCCCGUAAUUAUCCUGUAGUAUGUAAUCAAACUUUUUCAGUUGAAGUGUGUAUUCAAUUUUUUAACAGUCAUCAAUAUAGGAUUUAUAAAAGAAAUAGGUCAAAAUAAAAAUACUUUUCAAUUAUGA